GUGGACGCGACGGCGGCCGCUGGCGGAGCGCGCGCGGGCCUUGUGCUCUCGCAGGCGCCUGGGGCGGCGCUUCGGGCCCCCUCCGACGGCGACGACGAGAUGGACGAGGACCUGAUCGACGAUGCGUGGGCUGACGGUGGGCGGCCUGCCGUGGCGGUCGGGCCCCCCCGUGGCGGCGAGUGGGCCGACGCUGCGCUGGCGCCUGCGGCGGCCGCGGCGGCGGAGGCCCCCUCGGAGGCGGAGCUGGUGGAGGCCCGCGGGCGCUUCACGGAGCUCUCCCGCCGCCUCGGUUUCUCCGAGGCGGUGUCGCUGCCGCAGGACCUCGCGGAGCUGCUGGAGGCCGUUGCGGACAACUCCCGCCUCGCGGAAGCGUGGGAGAACAUCGACGGCGAGCCGCCGCGUGCUGCCUGCCAGCCGGCGCUCCGGGGCGGCGCGGG